CCUCUCAUUACUUUCCUUUCUGUACCUGCAGACUAAUAAAAACUAAUUAACACAUAUCUAAUACUGUUUUAAUUCAGCAUCCCCAUUGCCAUUUAGAAAUUAAUUUCAACCAUGGGCAAAACUCUUUUACACAUGCAAGUAAUGCUCUCUAGCUUGGUGCUCAUUCUCUCAAUUUCAUCACUAGCAUCAUCAUCAACAUCUCUUAAGGUGGAUUUCUAUAAGACCACAUGUCCAUCCGCUGAGGCAAUAGUGAGAAGAGCUGUUAACAAAGCAGUUUCACUCAACCCAGGCAUUGCUGCUGGCCUAAUCAGACUGCAUUUUCAUGAUUGCUUUGUCAGGGGUUGUGAUGGUUCUGUAUUACUACAAUCCACACAAGCUGGUAACCCAUCUGAGAGAGACCACCCUGCAAACAAUCCAAGCCUACGCGGCUUCGAGGUCAUCGAUGAAGCCAAGGCCGAAAUAGAAGCCCACUGUCCCGAAACCGUGUCGUGUGCUGACAUUCUUGCAUUCGCAGCACGAGACAGCGCUAAGAAAGUCGGAGGCAUAAACUACGCGGUAGCUGCAGGACGCAGAGAUGGUCGAAUCUCCAUCAGUGACGAAGUGACACAGAAUCUGCCACGACCAUCCUUCAAAGCUGAGGAGCUCAUUAGAAAUUUCGCUCGAAAAAGGCUAUCAGUAGAUGAAAUGGUUACACUUUCUGGGGCUCACUCUAUUGGUGUCUCACAUUGUUCUUCUUUCUCUGAUCGCUUAUACUCUUUCAAUUCCACUUCCUCUCAAUCUCAAGAUCCCUCUAUGGAUUCCAACUUUGCUGCCUUGUUGAAAUCUGAGUGUCCUCGUGAUAGCGCAGCAGCCGCAAGUUCAACGGUGGUGUUUGAUGGUUACACGCCUAAUCGUUUGGACAGCAAGUACUACAAGGGGUUGAAGAAUCACCGUGGUUUGUUGACAUCGGAUCAGACGUUGAUGAGUGACCGCUCUACAAGGAAAAUGGUGGUGAACAAUGCUAAUCAUGGUUCAACUUGGGCUGUGAAGUUUGCAGAUGCAAUGGUUAAGAUGGGUUCCAUUGAUGUGCUAACAAGUCCACAAGGUGAGGUUAGGAAGUAUUGCAGCAUUGUCAACUAAUUAACUGAAGCUGAAAUGAUUCUUCUUUUUCUUCUUCAUUUGUUUGUAUUUUUGGAUAAAAAAAAUUAUUUGUUCAUUCGUUCAAUUUGAAUUUUGUUUGUGAUCAUUCUUAUAGCUUUGAU